GCACUUCCUGUCGCUAGUAGUGGAGCUGUGCGGGCGGGCGCGCGCUUGGAGUGAGUGAGAGAGAUGUAAAGAUGGCGGAGCUGCAGAUGCUGCUGGAAGAGGAAAUUCCAGCGGGUCGCAGAGCGUUACUGGACAGUUUCACCAACCUCGACAGAGUUGCCGAAUACUGUGAAAGUAAUUACGUACAGUCUCCAGACAAGCAUGUCGCUCUAGAGGAAACCAAGAACUACACCACUCAGUCCCUGGCCAGCGUAGCCUACCUGAUCAACACGCUUGCCAACAAUGUGCUCCAAAUGCUUGACAUUCAGGCGUCCCAGCUGCGCCGCAUGGAAUCCUCCAUCAACCACAUCUCUCAGACUGUGGACAUCCAUAAAGAAAAGGUGGCAAGGCGGGAGAUCGGCAUCCUCACCACCAAUAAGAAUACCUCCCGCACGCAUAAAAUCAUUGCUCCAGCCAAUCCCGAAAGGCCAGUGCGGUACAUUCGCAAACCUGUCGAUUACAGCGCACUGGACGAUAUUGGUCAUGGUGUGAAGUGGUUGCUUAAGUUCAAGGUCAACACCCAGAACAUGAAGAUGGGCAGCCUUCUUCGCACCACACCUCCCACACAGAAACCACCCAGCCCGCCGAUGUCAGGCAAAGGCACCAUAGGGAGACACUCCCCCUACAGGACACUUGAGCCAGUGAGGCCUCCUGUGGUGCCUAAUGACUAUGUCCCGAGCCCCACACGCAAUACAGUGCCCAUCCUGCAGCAAAGUCCUGUACGCACAGCAUCUGUUCAUCAGAGGAACCGCACUUACAGCAGUGGGAGCAGUGGCGGCAGUUAUCCCAGCAGCCGCAGUAGCAGUCGUGAAAACAGCGGGAGUGGAAGUGUGGGUGUUCCCAUCGCUGUGCCCACACCCUCGCCACCCAGCGCCUUUCCAGCUGUUAGUGCCAGCACAAAUUCAGCUCCAACUAACCCCACUCAGCCUUCUUUCACUUCCUCAAACUUAACUCCCACACAACCCUCAAUCCCCGAAUCUCUCGACUCCACUGAGAGCUCUCUGACCCUAGAUAAAAGCUCUCCUACCUCCCAGCCACCCCUCACUACAGCUGCUGGUAGUGCUACAUCCGACAGCGACCCUGGGACUGGUGUUCCUCAGUUCUACAGCAUGAACAGACCCGUUCCCAGACAGAUCUCGCCAACAGUGGGAGGUUCGCUGCCGUAUCGCCGGCCGCCCUCAAUCAUGGGUCAGACGUCCAUGCCCUCCAGCCAACAGAAUGGAGGGCCCUAUUACAAUCAGAACCAAGCCUCAGUGGCCCCCCCUCCCCCCUCCAUACUGCAGAUCACACCCCAGCUUCCACUGACGGGUUUUGUGGCUCGCGUACAGGAAACCAUUUCAGAUGCGCCUCCCCCACCUCCCCCUUCAGAAGAGCCGGUGUUUGAGACACAAAAUCCAGCUCCUCCUGAAGAUGAGGAAGGAGAGUCUUCUGUGGUGGAGUACAGUGACCCUUAUGCUGAAGAAGACCCACCCUGGGCUCCACAAACUUAUAUGGAAAAAGUGGUGGCAAUCUAUGACUACAUGCAAGACAAGGAAGAUGAGUUGUCUUUCCAUGAGGGGGCCAUCAUCUAUGUGAUUAAAAAGAACGAUGACGGUUGGUAUGAAGGCGUGAUGAGCGGCACUACGGGACUUUUCCCUGGAAACUACGUUGAGUCCAUCAUGCACUACACUGAGUGAGCAUGUCUCUGUCAGUCCUCCACCUCUCAAUGCCCACCAGCGCUAAUCCUUACACUGCAGAAGAGUGCAUGUGUGCAUACAAACCAUGCUAACAACAGGCCGUGCACGGUAAAGGACGCAAUAUGAAGUUGAACAUCCAGAAUUUACAGACCAAAUUUUUGCACCAAGGACUGAGAAAACUAUUAGAGAACUAAAAUUAUAUAAAUAAAAGCCAAUAACAUGUUUACUUUUACCUUGAAUGGAGGAUACAACAUUUGAAGUUGUGUAUAUGCAUAAGCUAGAUUUGGAGUGGGUACUUUGUUGUCUUUAUUUCCAUAUUUGUGUUCACUGGGGCUGACUGAUGUCUCUGAAACGGAUUUAUUUUUUGAAUGGCCUGAGGAGGGUUUAUAGUGUUUAACAGUGAGGUCACGUUCAAAAAGGGAAUUCAUUACAAUCAUAUUUUGAGGAAAAAUGAAAGUGUGGCACUGAACUGAAAUUGAAAUUUUGCUUUGUAUUUAUUUCAUGUUGUGUCGGUUUAAGGUGAUUUUUUUUAAUUUGUGCAAGGCUCUGGGAAGUGUUUAUUUUAUUGUUUGAUUUUUAUAUCUUUACUGUCCCAUCUAAGAGAAUCUGUUUCAGCCAGUUUGUUGAAAUAGAAAAUAUUUGUGCGACCAAAGUAUAAUCUGUGGUGUCUUUGCAGGUUCUGAUUCAUUUGCAUAAAGGUCUCACCUAGGUUUAACUUUUUUUUUAACCAUCAUUAAAAAUAUUUCAUACAAUUAUGGAUCACUUUUUUGUUCCCCUAUGAGAAUCAGUCAGCCCUGACACACAUGCAGUAUUAGAUGUAUCUAAUAACCUCAUGAACAGUUUGACUUUUUUGGUUGUUUUAAAUAUUGUGUAGUGAAUGCUAAUCAAUUGGUUAUUAUUUGUUAAGUGUAUGAAGUGCUUCAUAGACUGCAUGCUUAACAAAAAUAAAUUUUUUUUACAUUUCA